AUGUACGGCACUGGAACCGGCCCUCAGACGGGCGCCGUGACACCCCGCUCUUCGGCCUCUUUGCGGCCACUCACUCUUUCUCAUGGUUCCCUCGAGACCUCAUUCUUAAUACCAACCGGUUUGCACUUCCAUGCCUCCCGGUUGAAGGACGAGUUCAUCGCAAGCCUGCCCCCGCCGACAGAUGAACUGGCACAAGAUGAUGAGCCCUCAUCGGUCCCCGAGCUGGUGGCAAGAUAUAUGGGGUACAUUGCCAACCAGGUCGCCGAGGGUGAGGAUGACGCGCAAGGGUCUUACGAGGAGGUGUUGAAGCUCAUUCUCAACGAAUUUGAGAGGGCUUUCCUCCAAGGCAACGAUGUCCAUGCCCUGGUUGCCACUCUCCCUGGCAUUGACGCCAAGAAGCUGGAGGUGAUCCGCAGCUAUUUUGCUGCCCGCGCGGCCACAAACAGGGCCAUGAGAGCCCAUCAGUCGGCUCUGCUGCGGGCUGCGGAAGAGGGAGAAGCCCGCAUCUACAGCAUCUUCGGCGGUCAGGGUAACAUUGAGGAGUACUUCGAAGAGCUCAGGGAGCUGUACAAAACGUACCCGUCUUUCGUGGGCCAUCUCAUCGUCUCUUCUGCAGAGCUCCUCCAGAUCCUGGCCAGCCAUCCCAGCGCCGAGAAGCUCUACUCCAAGGGUUUGGAUAUCAUGCACUGGCUGCACAAUCCAGACGCCACUCCUGAUACCGACUACCUAAUCUCUGCGCCCGUCAGCUUCCCCCUCAUUGGCCUUGUGCAGCUCGCUCACUACCAGGUCACCUGCAAGGUCCAGGGCCUGCACCCCGGUAUUCUCCGUGACAGGAUUAGCGGGACGACAGGUCACUCCCAGGGCAUUGUCCUUGCUGCCGUGACGGCAGCCGCGGAUUCAUGGGAGUCUUUCGAGGACUUGGCCAAAUCUGCACUAACCAUCCUCUUCUGGAUCGGUGCGCGUAGUCAGCAGACGUUCCCCAGGACGUCGAUGAGCCCUUCCCUGCUCCAGGAGGCGAUUGACAAUGGCGAGGGCACUCCUACCCCAAUGCUCAGCAUUCGGGACCUUCCCCAGGCGGAGGUUCAAAAGCACAUCGACCAAACAAACCAAUACCUGCCUGAGGAUCAGCACAUCUCGAUCUCCCUCAUCAACAGCCCCCGCAACCUUGUUGUGUCGGGUCCCCCGAGGUCGCUGUGUGGUCUCAAUGCCCAGCUCCGUAAGGUCAAGGCUCCCACAGGUCUUGACCAGGCCAGGAUCCCCUAUUCCGAGCGCAAGAUCCGUUUUGUGAACCGCUUCCUGCCUAUCACUGCGCCCUUCCAUAGCAAGUACCUGGCCGGUGCUGCUGAGCUGAUUGCUGAGGACCUCAAGGACAUCUCAAUUGAGGUUGAACGUCUCGGCAUCCCUGUCUACGACACUAACACUGGCGAAGACAUUCGGCAGACGGUCACUGGCAACGUGGUUCCUGCUCUGAUUCGCAUGAUCACGAAUGACCCGGUCCACUGGGAGAAGGCUACUGUUUUCCCGGAGGCGACCCACAUCCUGGACUUCGGCCCAGGCGGCAUCUCGGGUCUGGGCGUCCUGACCAGCCGCAACAAGGACGGCACUGGUGUCCGUGUGAUCCUCGCAGGUACCGUUAACGGUACCGUCGCGGAGGUCGGGUACAAGUCGGAGUUGUUUGACCGUGACGAAGAGCAUGCCGUCAAGUAUGCCGUCGAUUGGGUCAAGGAGUACGGUCCGAGACUCAUCAAGACGUCAUCUGGUCGCAUUUACGUCGACACCAAGAUGAGCCGUCUGCUCGGCCUGCCCCCGCUCAUGGUGGCCGGCAUGACCCCUACCACCGUCCCCUGGGACUUCGUCGCCGCGACCAUGAACGCCGGCUACCAGAUCGAGCUGGCUGGUGGUGGUUACUUCAAUGCUAAAAUGAUGACCGAAGCCAUCUCCAAGAUCGAGAGGGCGAUCCCUCCUGGCCGUGGUAUCACGGUUAAUCUGAUCUACGUCAACCCUCACGCCAUGGCCUGGCAGAUUCCGCUGCUUGGUAGACUCCGUGCCGAGGGUGUACCUAUUGAGGGUCUCACCAUCGGUGCCGGUGUUCCCUCGAUCGAGGUCGCCAACGAGUACAUUCAGACUCUUGGCCUCAAGCACAUCUCUUUCAAGCCUGGCUCGGUCGACGCCAUCCAGGCUGUCAUCAACAUUGCCAAGGCCAACCCCACGUUUCCCGUCAUCCUCCAGUGGACUGGUGGCAGAGGUGGUGGUCACCACUCGUAUGAGGACUUCCACGCUCCCAUUCUCGCCAUGUACAGUCGCAUCCGCCGCCAGGAGAACAUCAUCCUCGUCGCUGGUAGCGGUUUUGGUGGCGCUGAGGACACCUACCCGUACCUCACUGGCGCAUGGUCGACCAAGUACGGCUAUCCUCCCAUGCCCUUCGACGGCUGCCUGUUUGGUAGCCGCAUGAUGGUUGCCAAGGAGGCCCACACCAGCCCUGAGGCCAAGCAGGCCAUCGUCGAUGCUCCUGGUCUGGAUGACAGCGAGUGGGAGAAGACGUACAAAGGCCCCGCUGGCGGAGUUAUCACUGUGCGCUCCGAGAUGGGUGAGCCAAUCCACAAGCUCGCCACUCGUGGUGUCUUGUUCUGGGCCGAGAUGGACCAGAAGAUCUUCAGCCUGCCCAAGGAGAAGCGGGUUGCCGAGCUCAAGAAGAACCGCGACUACAUCAUUCGGAAGCUUAAUGCCGACUUCCAAAAAGUCUGGUUUGGCAAGAACAAGAAGGGAGAGGUUGUCGAUCUGGAGGACAUGACAUAUGGCGAGGUUGUGCGCCGCAUGGUCGAACUGCUUUAUGUCAAGGAUGAGAAGCGCUGGAUCGAUCACUCGUUCGCCAAGCUCACUGCCGACUUUAUUCACCGUGUUGAAGAGCGUUUCACUACUGCUGCUAGCCAGCCUUCUCUCAUCCAGAGCUACUCGGAUCUCGACGAGCCAUACUCCGCUGUCGAGCGUGUCCUUGCCCACUACCCCGAGGCUGAGACUCAGCUCAUCAGUGCCCAGGAUGUGCAGCACUUUCUUCUGCUCUGCAAGCGUCGUGGCCAGAAGCCCGUCACCUUUGUGCCCGCUCUCGACGAGGAUUUCGAGUUCUACUUCAAGAAGGACUCCCUCUGGCAGUCCGAAGACCUCGCUGCUGUCAUCGACCGUGAUGUCGGCAGAACCUGCAUCUUGCAGGGUCCCAUGGCAGCCAAACACUCGACCAAGGUCGAUGAGCCGAUCAAGGAGAUUCUUGACGGCAUCCACAACGGCCACAUCGCGGCUCUCAAGCGCGACCUAUACGAUAAUGAUGAGUCUAAGAUCCCGACCAUCGAGUACUUCGGUGGCAAGCUCAAGGAUCCCGAGGUGCAGCUCGACUUCGAAGGCGUCACCAUCUCUUAUGACGUCCACAAGAACACCUACCGUGUGUCGAACAACCCCUCCGUCCCGCUUCCUCCUUUGGAUGCAUGGCUCUCUGCUCUGGCUGGCCCCAACAGGACCUGGCGCUACGCCUUGCUGCAGUCUGAGGUGAUCGUUCAGGGCCACAAGUACCAGACCAACCCUAUGAAGAAGAUCUUCGCUCCGGCCCGCGGUCUCUUCGUUGAGAUCCAGUACCCCAACGAUCCUGCCAAGACCGUUAUCACCGUCAAGGAGCAGCCGCGCCCCAACCGUUACAUUGACGUGAUCGAGGCCAAGCUGGUGGGUGACAAGGAGAUCGUUGUCAACCUGAUCAAGGAUACCAACGCCCUUGGAGAGCCUGUUGCCCUCCCUCUGCGCUUCACCUACCGCCCCGAGGCCGGUUAUGCGCCCAUCCAUGAGAUCAUGGAGGGCCGCAACGAUCGUAUCAAGGAGUUCUACUGGCGGUGCUGGUUUGGGCAGGACCCGCUGGAUCUGGAUGCCCCUGUUACCAGCAAGUUCGAUGGUGGCGAGGCAGUCAUCACCAGCGAGGCCAUCAACGAGUUUGUCCAUGCGGUUGGCAACACCGGUGAGGCGUUCGUCGACCGCCCCGGCAAGACCAUGUAUGCGCCCAUGGACUUCGCCAUCGUAGUUGGCUGGAAGGCUAUCACGAAGCCUAUCUUCCCUCGCACGAUCGAUGGUGACCUUCUCAAGCUCGUGCACUUGUCGAACCAGUUCCGCAUGUUUCCUGGCGCUGAGCCGCUGAAGAAGGGUGACAAAGUCUACACGACGGCCCAGGUCAACGCUGUCAUUAACCAGGAGUCCGGCAAGAUGGUCGAGGUCUGCGGCACCAUCACUCGCGACGGCAAACCGGUCAUGGAGGUCAUCUCGCAGUUCCUGUACCGCGGUGUCUACACCGACUACGAGAAUACCUUCCAGCGCAAGGUCGAGACGCCCAUGCAGGUUCACCUUGCAACCACCAAGGACAUUGCCAUCCUGCGGUCCAAGCAGUGGUUUGUCCUUGACGACGUCGCAACUCCCGAGGAGUUCCUGCUUGGCAAGACCCUGACCUUCCGUCUCCACACUCUGGUUCACUUUAAGAACCGGAAUGUGUACAGCCACGUCGAAACACGUGGUCAGGUUCUCGUCGAGUUGCCGACCAAGGAGAUCAUUCAGGUGGCUACUGUCGAAUACGUUGCUGGAGAGUCUCACGGCAACCCGGUCAUCGACUACCUGCAGCGCAAUGGCCAGUCCAUCGAGCAGCCUGUCAACUUCGAGAACCCUAUCCCACUUGGUGGCAAGGCUCCUCUACAGCUCCGUGCACCAGCAUCGAACGAGACCUACGCGCGCGUGUCGGGCGACUACAACCCCAUCCAUGUUUCGCGCGUCUUUGCUGCUUAUGCCAAUCUCCCCGGCACUAUCACGCACGGCAUGUACUCGAGCGCUGCGGUCCGCAGCCUGGUUGAGACUUGGGCCGCCGAGAACAAGAUUGGCCGCGUUCGCAGCUUCCACGCUUCCCUCACCGGCAUGGUGCUUCCUAACGACGAUAUUAACGUCAAGCUCCAGCAUGUCGGCAUGGUUGGCGGUCGCAAGAUUAUCAAGGUCGAGGCCACCAACAAGGAGACCGAAGAGAAAGUUCUGCUUGGCGAGGCCGAAAUUGAGCAGCCCGUCACUGCCUAUGUUUUUACUGGUCAGGGUUCUCAGGAGCAAGGCAUGGGCAUGGACCUGUAUGCCAACAGCCCCGUCGCCCGCGAAGUCUGGGAUCGCGCCGACAAGUACCUCAGAGACACUUAUGGCUUCGCCAUCACCGACAUCGUGCGCAACAACCCCAAGGAGCUCACGAUUCACUUCGGUGGCCCUCUCGGCAAGAAGAUCCGUGCCAACUACAUGGCCAUGACCUUCGAGACCGUAGCUGCCGAUGGCAGCAUCAAGUCGGAGCGCAUUUUCAAGGAUAUCGAUGAGAACACUACGUCCUACACUUUCCGCUCCCCCAAUGGUCUCCUGUCGGCUACUCAGUUCACCCAGCCUGCCCUAACCCUCAUGGAGAAGGCCAGUUUCGAGGACAUGAAGGCCAAGGGUCUGGUCCCGCGCGAUAGCACCUUUGCCGGACACUCGCUUGGUGAAUACUCUGCGCUUGCUGCGCUUGCCGACGUCAUGCCCAUCGAGUCUCUGGUCUCGGUAGUCUUCUACCGUGGUCUGACGAUGCAAGUGGCCGUCGAGCGCGACGCCACGGGCCGCUCCAACUAUGGCAUGUGCGCCGUCAACCCCAGCCGCAUCAGCAAGACCUUCAACGAAGAGGCUUUGCGCUUCGUUGUUGGCGCUGUUGCCGAAACGACUGGGUGGCUGCUCGAGAUUGUCAACUACAACAUUGCCAACAUGCAAUACGUCUGCGCCGGUGAUCUCCGGGCUCUCGAUACUUUGACCAGCGUCACCAACUUCAUCAAGGCCAUGAAGAUCGAUAUCGAGCAGAUGCGUAGGGAGUAUUCGCCCGACAAGGUCAAGGAAGAGCUGGUCGAGAUCAUCAAGAAGUGCGCUGCCGAGACCGAGGCGAAGCCCAAGCCUUUGGAGCUGCAGCGUGGCUUUGCCACCAUUCCUCUGCGUGGCAUUGACGUGCCUUUCCACUCAACCUUCUUGCGCUCUGGUGUCAAACCCUUCCGUAACUUCUUACUCAAGAAGAUCAACAAGACGUCUAUCGAUCCUGCCAAGCUUAUUGGAAAGUACAUCCCCAACGUGACGGCUAAACCGUUCGCUUUGACCAAGGAGUACUUCGAGGAUGUCUACCGCCUGACCAACUCUCCCCGUAUUGCCCACGUCCUGGCCAACUGGGAGAAGUAUCAAGAUGACAACAGCACUCUGAGCGCUUCGGUUGCCAACACUUCCAGUGAGACCAAUGGAGUCAACGGCGUCAAUGGUGCAGUUGAUGUGAAUGGGCAGAAUGGCGUCAAUGGAGUGAAUGGUCAUUAA